GGACAGUCUUAACUGAAACGUUGACCAAGACAGUUCAGAAUUAGUUUGUCAAGAUUCUACGAGUACAGUAACAGUGAAGUUAAUAAUCGUUACCAGAAGCUCUUGUAUUGCCAGACUUAGAGAGUGAAAAAGUAUUAGAACGUACUUAAGAGUCUUUGGUAUUAUUUGCCGUGUAAUAUCAUUGAUUAAAAAAUGCCGAGCACUAAAACCAGAGUUGCCAUAAUCGGUGCUGGAGUUUCUGGUCUAGUGGUGGCGCGCCAUGUGUCGUCGAAGCCGGAAAAUUAUAGUUUGACGGUUUUCGAACAAACCGGUCAGGUUGGAGGUACUUGGGUGUACACCGAUGAAACGGAAGUCGAUAGACAUGGACUUCCGGUGCAUAGCAGCAUGUACAAGUAUCUUCGCACCAAUCUACCCAAGGAAAUUAUGCAAAUUCCGGAUUUCCCAUUUGCAGAUCAAGAUGGACCAUCUUUUGUUCAUCACAGCGUGAUUCGCAAGUAUCUCUUGGAUUACGCAAAACAUUUCAAUCUGUAUCCUCAUAUCAAGUUGAAUACCGUAGUGAAACGCGUGACGCCUGAGACUCUUUCUGCAGGACAAGUUACCUGGAUGGUUACUUCCUUAGACCUGGAGACCAAGGUGGAAACCACGAAAGCCUUCGACGCGGUGAUUCUUUGCAACGGUCGCUAUACCGUUGGUAACGUUCCACGUAUCAAUGGCAUUGAGAGUUUCCCGGGUAACUGCAUUCAUAGUCAUCAGUAUAGGACUCCGAAUCAGUAUGCAGGAAAGAAGGUCUGCAUAUUGGGUGCAUCUUGGUCAGGAAUUGACAUAGCCAUGGAGGUGUCAAAUUAUGCUGAGAAGAUUUACCUGAGUCACAACUUAUCUCAUCCCCUAACAGCUAAAAUGUCGAACUGCGUACAACAAAAACCUGGUAUCAAGGAGAUCAAGGGUAACACCUUCAUCUUCCAAGACAAUUCAACAGCAGAAGUGGAUGAAUUCAUAUAUUGCACCGGUUACAGGUUCAGUUUCCCUUUUAUGUCGGACAAAGUACAGAUACGUAUAUUCGACUAUCACAUUGAACCAAUAUACAAACAUCUGAUUCAUAUGAAUAUGCCAAACUUGUUUGUCAUGGGGUUACCUAACAUGGUAAUUCCAUUCCCAUUGUUUCACCUUCAGGCACAGUACAUCGUUGCCAUCCUUGAUGGACGUGUAAAAUUACCUACUCAGCAGGAAAUGCGUGAGGAGUGUGAAAUGGAAAAGAAAGCACUGCUGGACAUGGGAAUUCCGAAAAAGGAGAUCACCAAAAUGAACGAGAGACAAUGGCUUUACUAUGAAGAAUUGGCCAAUGCUGCAGGUACAUCGACUCUACCACCGGUGGUCAGGAAGAUCUAUGAGCAUUCAAAUAUAAUGCGAGAACAGGAUUUUACCACCUAUAAAAAUCUACAGUAUCGCAUUGUUGACAAGGAAAACUUCACUUAUAGUUACUGUAAACUUUGUUAGGGGUUAAAGGGAAGAUUAAAAGUAAAAAGUGAUAACUGUCCUUAUAUUAGUAUAUAAAGUAGGUAUAUUAGUAUAUAAAGUAUACCUUGUAUUAGUAUAUAAAGAGAAACUUCAUUUAAACGUACAUGCUAGUCAGCACUAUUGGCUUACAUCGUGCCUGACGAUAGUUGAGAGUAGUUAAUUGAGAUAAUUAAAAUAUGACGAUGCAAUCAAA